AUAAUAUUGUGAAAAACCAUCUAGACGUCUACACCUCCGGCUAUUUCAAAACAUCCACACACCAGCUGCAGCUCGAGAGCAGGAGGAGAUACAAAUCGAAGAACAACUCGUCUUACAACAAAUCCAGCCAAGAUGAGUACCAUGAAGUUUUGCCGAGAAUGCAACAACAUUCUCUACCCUAAGGAAGAUAAAGAACAGAAGAUCCUCCUCUAUGCUUGCCGCAACUGUGAUCAUCAGGAAGUUGCAGAUAACAACUGUGUGUACAGAAACGAGAUACACCAUGCUGUGGGGGAACGGACUCAAGUUUUGCAGGAUGUUGCUGCGGAUCCAACCCUUCCACGUACAAAAUCAGUUAGGUGUGCUCAAUGUGGUCAUGGAGAAGCUGUUUUCUUUCAGGCAACUGCUAGAGGCGAAGAAGGUAUGACAUUGUUUUUCGUGUGCUGCAACCCCAACUGUGGCCAUCGAUGGAGGGAUUGAGACCUCUGCGGAUUCAAGUAACUUAAGUGAAGCAAUGGAACGUUGGAUGGUUUUACAGAACCAGUUUUCUGACUUUUAACUGAAUGUGGAUGAAUCUGAUAUGAUCAAAUUGGGUUGAUGGAGAUUUGUGAUUUCUUUCUGUGAUCUUGAUUGAUGAUAUUAGCAAUGUGUGUUUGAGUCGCUUGAACCGCAAAAUUGGAUCAUCUGGUUUAUUUCACAAUCUAGUUGUGGCUUGACUAAAAACAUGUAAACUUUUGACUUGAUCAAGGUCAUUAGGUUACUAGAUGUU